AUGUCUUACCCUGGUCUUAUCAACACUGAGGUGACUGCUGCCAUUCCUCUAGACGAUACAGACACAGAAAAUGAUGACACUGACCUCGACUACUAUUCUGAGCUGGAUUCAGAAUACAACCUCCUGGCCCAGGAGCAAUGGGAAGAGUCGCUCAAGCAAAUCGAAGGUCUCGUCAACUUCGUGUUGAUGCCACUCAUUGGCCGGCUUCUCGGUCGUCGUACAGCCCACAUUGUUUGGCGACAUUUUGCCAAUUGGUAUUUUCCAUGA